AUCUGUGCAGGCAUUACUAUGCCACCAUGAACAUUGGGGAUCCGGCGAGGCCCUACUUCUUGGACAUUGACACCGGCAGUGACCUCACUUGGCUGCAGUGCGACGCUCCCUGCCAAAGCUGCAACAAGGUGCCGCACCCAUUGUACAAGCCAACAAAGAGCAAGAUUGUGCCCUGUGCAGACUCACUCUGUACUACACUGCUCAGCUCACAGAUCCCUAACAACAAGCAGUGCCCCUCACCACACCAAUGCGACUACAAAAUCAAGUACACGGACAGCUCGUCUUCUCGCGGUGUGCUCGUUACCGACAGCUUCGGCCUAACCCUACGGAAUUCAUCCCGUGUUAGUCGCAGCCUCACCUUUGGCUGUGGCUAUGACCAGCAGGUGGGAAAGAAUGGGGCAGUGCAGGCAGCGACAGAUGGCUUGCUUGGGCUUGGGAGGGGAUCAGUUAGCUUGGUCUCGCAGCUCAAGCAGCAAGGCAUCACCAAGAAUGUACUUGCCCAUUGCCUCAGUACGAACGGAGGAGGGUUCCUCUGCUUUGGGGAUGAUAUCGUGUCUACCUCACGCGCAACGUGGGUGCCGAUGGCUCGUAGCACAUCUGGGAAUUACUACUCACCUGGCUCAGGAACACUUUACUUCGAUAAACACCCACUAGGAGUGAAGCCAACGGAGGUGGUAUUUGAUAGCGGUAGCACCUAUACGUACUUUGCUGCCCAGCCAUACCAAGCGACUGUUUCUGCGAUCCAAGCUGGUCUCAGCAAGUCACUUACGAAGGUGUCUGACCCCAGUCUACCUCUUUGCUGGAAAGGGCAGAAAGUGUUUAAAUCUGUGUCUGACAUCAAGAAGGAGUUCAAAUCACUCUUCCUGAUGUUUUCGAAGAAUACAGCCAUGGAGAUCGCUCCUGAAAACUACCUCAUUGUUACCAAAAAUGGAAAUGUGUGCUUGGGCAUUCUUGACGGGUCGGUGGCCAAACUUAACUUCAACAUAAUUGGAGAUAUCACAAUGCAGGAUCAGUUGGUAAUUUAUGACAAUGAGAAAGGGAAACUAGGAUGGAUCCGUGGAUCAUGCAGUGGGGCACUAAGUAUAUUAUAUCUUCAUUUACAUGGUAUUUUCUUAUAAUCCAACUUUUAGCCCAUCCGUUAAAAAGCUGGAUAUAUCAUUAUUGAUGGAACUGGCCAACUGGAGGAAGCUACUAUUGGCUUGAAAACCCUGAGAUAUUGACACUCUCGGAACUGAAGAGAGUUCAAGCUAUUGCAAUCCACAGAAUAGGCAAUAGGCGGAUAAAAAUUACAGUAACAUGGCUGGGUAAACUGGACGAUGUAAGUGGAGAAGGAUGACCA